GGGAAAGAAGUGAGCCAAGGUGCGGCUGCUGUCAACUCACUGGAAAGUCAGAAAAAUGGGCCUUGAGAGCAGGUUCGGGGGAGUAAGCCUGGGAUGAGCGGCCACUGCCCAUUGCUCCCCUAGUUGCAAGUCUUGUGGGGCCUGUUAGAGUUUAGUUGAUUUUUCGUUUGUCUCCUCUCCCUACCAUGAGAGUAGGGAUCUUAUCUCUUGUCCUGAGCUGUGACUUGCCCAGAGUUUAGGACAACUACUUAGAAUAUAGAAGGUUGUCAGAAUAUAUUAGUUGGAUCAAGGAAUGUAAGAGUGAAUAAAUGGAUGAAAGAAGAUGACUUAUUGAGAUGGUAAGGAGCACUAUUAGGAAACUACUUAUUUUUUUAAUAGUAAAGAGUUAAAAAUUUGUUUAAUUGAACUAUACCAUAAAAAUUCACAUACCAUAAAAAUCAUCCUUUAAAGUGUAAAAUUGAGUGGAUUUUAUUGUAGUCACAAAGUUGUGUCACCAUCAUGACUAAUUCCAGAACAUUGUCAUCACCCCUCAAAGAAGCCUUGUGUAGUAGUAGUCAUUAGUAGUCAUUCUUCAUUUCUCCCUCUCUAGCCCCUGACAACAACUAGUCUACUUUCUGUCUUGGUGAAAUUUUAUUUUUCCUUAAUGGCAGUACUAAGUAUUUAUCUAAAUUAGAAAAGAUGUGAGGAGAGGAAAUGGAAUUAGGUAGUUUGAAGAUUGUUUUUAAAAUGUGCCUACUAAUAACUCAGUAUAAAUUAGACUUGUAUUGUUUCAUAAGUAACUUGAUUAAACUGUGGUGUUAUAGAAAGAAAAUUGUUCCAAAUAAUUGGAAAGAAGAUAAAGGCAAACAUGUAGUGUUGGGGAAUGGAUAAAAGAAUGGGCUUUAAAAAUUUAAAACCUAGAUUUAAAUUCUGGCUUACUUACCACUUUUCUAAUCUUGAGUAGUUUAUUGAAGUGAAUAGAGCCUCAAUUUUGUUACUCAUGAAAUAAAAUAAUAGCAUAUACAUUGUAAAGUUAUGAGGAUUAAAUAAGACAUUGCAUGUAAAAUACUUCUGAGUACAAAGCCCACAGUAAAUACUAGUUAAUAUUAAACAUUGUCAUUACUAUCCUGAUUAGGAGUUUCAGCCUGAAGUUGAUUAUAACUAUCAAUUAAUAAAUAUCAAGUACCUGAUCUCUAGUAUUGGACUUUAGACCUAUGGAAGAUGCUAUGGAUGUGAAUGAUAGGUUGGUACCUAGAUGUGGAGCAAAGAUAACUAAUAUUAGAUGAGUUCUUACCACAGGAUUUAAUAGUAAGGUAGCUAUUAUUAUUCCCAUUUUAUUGAUGAGGAAGCUGAGGAUUGGUAAUAUUAUGUAACUUGUUCAAGAUAAUGGAUUGUUGUUGAAUUCUACUUCUGCCAUUUAACUAGCUGUGUGGUCAGAGCAGUUUGCUUAACCUUGAAGGAAUAGAGCUAUUGACUCAAAUAAAUUGAUGUUAAUUUGCUUGUAAUUUUGAAUAUAUUGGCACGUUCUUUAGUGUCAGAAUAUACAUUCAGACACUAUUCUAUUCUACUAACCCUUACUAGAGCCCCCUUUGGAAUCCUCUAUAAGUUUCUCCCACCCCCCAAUUCCUUCAGCCUUAAGAUUCUCUAGUCCAACUUAGAAAAUACCAACUUCGUUGAUAGUUAUUGAAAAUACAGGGUUAAAAGUAGGGACAAUGAUGGAUAUGACAGUGUUGAGAUGGUAAGAACUAGCUUAUAGGAGUUAACCUAGGUGUCAUUAUGGGGCCUAAUCUAUUCUUGAGGGUCUCAAAGAGGAAAAAAUGAUGCUGUUGAAAUUUAUAAAAGUUAGAUCAGUUGGAUGGCUAGUUUCAAGGGAUGUGUGCUUAGAGUUUUCCCUUAGGGCUCAGUUAUUUGUCAUACCACUCUGUUGCUCUAGAAAUUGAUUGGGUUUCAACUAUGAAUAAGAGUACUGGGGAAAACAAAUCAAUUCUAGAUUUGACUAUGAAUUAGAAAAGACUAUGAAUGAUCAAUACAACACCCGUUAUAUGUAAUAUAUCACUCACAUUCUAAUCAAAAGCUCUGAAUUCUCAUGUAGUUGUGAUAUUGUCUUGGGAGCCGUCCAAGAGAAGUUAGCGAUUGAAUCCCUAUUUUCUAAGACCAAAAAGUGUAUAGCUACUCACAUACACCGUUAAUGGGGUUAUACAGGGGACUAUUUAUUUGGGGGAAAAUAGGCCUGAUAUAAAAUUUUUAAAUGUACAUGCCCUUUUACACAAUUUUUACUUCUAGGAAUCUAUCCUUUAUAUAUGCUUAUGCACAAGGAUAUUUACUGCACCAUUGUUUAUAGCAACAAAUGACUAGAAACAACCUAAAUGUUUAUCAAUAGGUGACUGAUUAAAAUAUCGAUCUAUAUAAGGAAAUACUAUUAAAUCCUUAAAAAGAAUAAAGUAUAUCUACUUCUACCUUAAUAUAAAACAAUCUCCUGGAUAUAUUAAGUAAAAAAUAAUAUUUAGUAUGCUUAGUAUGCCACAAUUGUGCAAAAACAGAAACAGGCACAGCAUUCUUAUGCUUGUAUAGACAUAGACUCUGGAAGGGUACACAGAUAUUUCUUCUGAGAUCUUCUGAUACACAGAUUUCUUCUGCAAUAGGUGAGUGGAAGGGCAGCAUACUUUCUGGUAGAAAGCAUUUUCAAAGUAUGAAUGUACAUGGAAAUGAGAAACAGAGAAGAAAGGAAGAACAGAGAGGGGAGUAGAAAGUCCGCAGGGAACUAAAAACAUAAACAUUAUCUCAUCUCUAAAUUAUACCCUUUUGUAAAAAGUUAUUUUCCAGGCUUUCAAAAACAAAGAAAUUGAAGCCCAGAUGACAAUUUGUGGUUUCCUACAUAACAUAAGAAGAAAACAGCAAAAUGAAUAGAACCUUGUUUUCCUGAUUUCCAGUCUAGUCCCACAAUUAUUCUAAGAUCACCUGAAUCUUAAUAUGGAUAUAGCUACAAAAAACAAAACUUCUUUCUUUUUUCAAUUCUGUUUUGAACUUGAUGGGUAAAAGCAUUUGUUUCCAAAGUAAGGUUUUUUUUUUCUGCAUCCAGUCUUAGGAGAUGAAGGUGGGAAUGGACAUUGAAAGAAAGCUUUGGCAAUUAUGCACUACCAUUUCUUUUUACUAUGAGUCAUUCUGGUUUAGGAAAAGGAAGCAUAAUGAAAAUAUUAACAUUUGCACAGCAUUUUACAGUUUUAAAAGCUUUUUUACAAAUACUGUUUUCUCAUUUUACAGUUGAACUAUGAUGUAGGUAGUGGUGAUGUUUUGUUAGUUUUGUUUGGCUUUCACUUUUAAAGAAAAAAAUAGGUUCAAGGAAAGUUGAGUAAUUUGCCUGAGAUAACAUAGCUGAUAAGUCCUGCAUUUUUUUCUUUCUACCCAAGCAUAAGGUCUUAUGAAGUAGAUUUACUUCGCUUUGUGGAAACCAGUUCUGGGUGGGACACCAAUCAAGAAGACAUUUGGAAGCCUAAAACUUCAGGGAAUAGUGGUUCAAUAAGUCGAUGGUUUUGGGGGCAGAUGAGGCUCUGACCCUCCUGAGUGCAGACACAGCUGAUCCCCUUGUGGUUCUCAUGUACUCGGCCAUCCCUUUUCAGAGCAUCUUGUCACAUCUUCAGUUGCUGCAUCCGUCUGAGCUAUGGGCAAUUAAAGGGAAUCUACUUAAUUUACAUCCUGCCUGAAGACAUGCACAGAUUAGUCAUAAGAGUUAUUUUUGUAAUUAAUCACACAUAAAUUAGUAAAAUGUCUUUUUGUAAAAAGUGUUGGUGAAAUGUGUUUCUCAUGCUAAAUUUUGGUAAAUGUGAAGAAGCAGGAAAAUGAAAUAAGCCUCAAUCUCUGUAAUCGUAAUGAUCUUUUCCAUGCUGAGAACUUUGAUGUUUAAUGCAGUAUCUGAUUAAACUGAAGAAGACUUUCCACACUCGAGCGUGGUCAGAGCCUGACUGUGUCUAAUAUUUGGCUUUUGGAUUUACUCUGAGUACACUGGAAAACGACUGAGUUGUUUUAAGCAGAGGAGUAACAUUAUCUGAUCAGUGUUUUAAAGAGAUACCUUGGCUCUUUCUUAGUGGUAGAGUUGAGGAGCAUCAAUUUACUUUUAAACACCUGAGCAGAGACUCAUAUUUAAAUGAGAAUGCCAUUUCUUUAGAAUGAAAAAUACCUGUCAUUUGAAUUAGAUAUUUGGGUUGGCUGGUAGAUCUUAGGUUAUCCCAGAUCCUCAAAACUUUCUAAAAGCUCCUCAGGUUAUUAAAAUAAUAUGCGGCCAGGGUAGAGAACUACCACUUUAUCUUGGGGAGCAAAGGAGAGAUCUUGGAGUUAAGUUUGGGAGAAGAGAGUAGUAAGUGGAAAGCUAUGGAGAGCUUGGAAAAUUUAAUUAUUAUUUAUCUCUCCCUUUUGGAAUUACACUUUCAUACCCAUAUUUUCAAAUACCGAGAUGUUUCGGUGGUAUGAAAUUAAUAACAUUAAACUUUAUGUAGCUCUAACCUAGACUCUAAAUUCAUUCUUUUUUUUCCUUUCCUUUUCAUAUGAAGAGAGAAAUGGAGUAUUGAGAAAGGAUGAGUAGGAUAUAAUAUAAUUUGAUAAGAACUUUCCAGCAUUAACAGAAAAAUCCAUCUCUUAAAAACUCUUAACAUCAUUUGUAAGACUAAUUUCAUUUAAAAAAUGCAUAUGAAAUUUGAGCAGACUAAUCAUAUUAAUGUCUAGUUACUUAUCUGGACACCUAGAAUUCUGGGUUAAGAUUGCUGAUGCUUCCUAUAAUUGGAUAGAAGAACAUACAGCUUUUCUUUCUUGCUCUAGGAUUUUUGUGUUUUAUUGAUUUAAAAUGAUACAAUGUAGCCAAUAUAGUUAAGAGCUGUUUAUUUGUAGACUUUUAGGAUCACCUCUGUGUUAUUUUAUCCAGUAAUAUAGUGUAGUUGCCUGUGUUGAAAGUCAUGAUUAAAUAUUGAAGUGCCUUUUCUUGUUUAUUCGUAGUGGUAGUCGCUCCUCUAAAACGUUUAAACCAAAGAAGAACAUACCAGAGGGUUCUCACCAGUAUGAGCUCUUAAAGCAUGCAGAAGCCACACUUGGCAGUGGCAAUCUCCGGAUGGCUGUCAUGCUUCCUGAGGGAGAAGAUCUAAAUGAGUGGGUUGCAGUGAACACUGUGGAUUUUUUCAAUCAGAUCAACAUGCUUUAUGGAACAAUCACAGAUUUCUGUACAGAGGAAAGUUGUCCAGUCAUGUCAGCUGGCCCAAAAUACGAGUAUCAUUGGGCAGAUGGAACAAACAUAAAGAAGCCUAUUAAGUGCUCUGCGCCAAAGUAUAUUGAUUACUUGAUGACUUGGGUUCAGGACCAGUUGGAUGAUGAGACAUUAUUUCCUUCAAAAAUAGGUGUCCCAUUCCCGAAGAACUUCAUGUCUGUGGCGAAAACUAUACUCAAACGCCUCUUCAGGGUUUAUGCUCACAUUUAUCAUCAGCAUUUCGACCCUGUGAUUCAGCUUCAGGAGGAAGCACAUCUGAAUACAUCUUUCAAGCACUUUAUCUUUUUUGUCCAAGAAUUCAACCUGGUUGAUAGAAGAGAACUUGCACCACUCCAAGAACUGAUUGAAAAACUCACCUCAAAGGACAGAUAAGGGAUGCAGAACUGUGCAGAUUGUUCCUCAUGAAGUUGUGUGCGGUGUAUUUUGAUUUUGUUGUAUUUUAUUUUUAUCUCGGUUGUUUUUAUGUUAGGUUUGGGGGACUUCUUUGGGUUCUUUUUUCUUUAUUCUCAAUAAAUGAAACCAUAUUCUGUUGCUAGAGGUAGCCAAGAACGAUUCUUUAUACAUUUGAUAGGGGUAAAUUUUGUCUUAGUAGCAUAUGAUUUUUUGUUUUUUCCAACUUGGUUUUGGUUACUUGUGGAAUUUUUGAUAAUAUUGUGUGUUGAAAGAAAAUGCUUAUUGAUUGGACUGCUGAUGAAUGGGGUUCUGUGUUGUGUAAAUUGUGGCCGAUUUUUGAAGUUCCCAGAAGACAUGUUUUUAAGUGCCUUGGCAGGCUCACUUCUGAGGUGCAAAGCACAGACAUAGAACCAAACAGGGCUUGAAACAAUAUUAGAAUUACUACCCACGGCACUUACUGAUGCAUGUUUUAAAAUAUCUAUGACAAAAGCCAUAGUUUAUCUAAAUUGAUGAUCUCCAGCUUUUACUACAUUAAACACAAUUUGUAAAGGUGUGCCUGUAGAACAUAAAAAAUUAGUAUUUCUUAAUUAUUUUUCAUAUUGAUGGUAAUUCUGUUCAACAAAUUCUUAAAGUUCUACAAGCAGGUCUUUCCCAUCUCUUGAUAUCUGUGAUAUUGAAACUUGAGGAUUUUGAAAUGCAAUACCUAUUGCAUUUUGGCUUCUUUCUACAUGUUAACUGCACUGUAAGUGUAAAUAUUCAGGUUAUGUACUGGUUUGCCAUCUUCAGAGGUGAUGCUAAACUGUGAGGUUUCUUAGCAAUUGCCAAAUGAGCCAUAAGUUUGCAGAAUCCCCUUCUAGUUUGAAGAAGUGGUGAUAGUGUGUGUUCUGUUGUGGGGAGUUAGUUUGGCGAGUUAGGAAUGGAAUUCAGUAUGGGGAGUCAAGUUGAAGAAGGCCCUGUCUUUAAACCCUUGAAUAGAAUAGCAUGAAGAUUUUAAUCAAGUUCUUGUAAGCAGAGUCUUAGAGACUUCUUUUUAGGGUUCAACUUCCAUGCGAAGUUAAAAAUAAAUUAUUAAUUUUAGGUAUAGAUAUUAAAUAUGGAAUUCAAGGACUGUUUGGGGAAAUUGACCACUUUCCAGCAUUUCCAUUCAGUGAAUGGAGCUGGUGUUUGCCUGUCAUUUUUAAAUGAUACAGUACAUUCUUUGCUUAUCAUAGAUCCAAUUUGAAGCAUUCUGACUUCUGAUUUUCCACUGUGAAAGGAAAUAUUUUUCUUUGCAGUGAUAUCAAACAACUGCUAAUUCAGAGGUUAACUUUUUAAAUUUUAUUUUCCCUGACUUUCUAGUGAAUUACUCCCAUAAUAAGUUCUGAAAAUUCGUUUUUAAAAUAAAUGUUAACAUUUUUACUUCAGUUUUAUUCCUGAGAUAUAUUCUUUUCAGACUUAGUUUAAAAUUUGUCAUUUCCGGUAAAUCUGUUUCUUCAGUUAGAAAUAUAUAUAUCAUUUUCCUUGUAGAAUAGAAAUCUUGCUCUGAAAUUGUAUAGACUAAAAUUACUUAGAAAAGAAUCUAAAAUGAAAUCAGUUUGUUUUUGCUGUUAACAAGUAGAGCAGUGAUACCAUUUAAUGCCAUUACAAUUAUGAUCACUGGGAACUGCCUUUUUCUCCAUUUCAUUUAUAGCGAUCAUUCUCCAAGUACCAACAGUAGAAGUAACAGGAGAGUCAUUGGUAAUGCUUAGUUAUAAACUGCAGUGAGAACUAGCUGAUUUCCUUAAAACAAAUCUUUUAGUGUCCAGAUAUGUAAUAUCAGCCAUUAUGGGUUGAUUCAGAAAUAAAAUUUGGCAUCAAGUGAUUUGAGGUCCUGUCUAUUUAGGAAAAUGAAGCACAUGAUUACUCAGUCUUCCAUACUGCAUUUGUCUCAUAUCAACCUAGUAACAAAGGGGUUGCAGCAGCCAAGUGUAGAGAGAAUAGUGAAAAAUUGUUCUUGCUCUUUUAAGCCUUAUACAGUAGUACACUGUAAAAAUGGAAAAAUGUUUCUAUAAAUUAAUGUUUAGUAGUAGGACCUACUUUCCCACUGUAUGUAUAUAAGAGUUUGUCCUUGCUGUGCCAGAAUCUCAGGUGCCUGCUUCUGAGUAUUUCUUUCAACAGUUAUUGGGAAGUAAGGAGUUAUGUAUGUGUAUAUAUGGUAACAAAGUAGAGAAGUUCCCCCAGGGAAAUGCCUGGCAUUGUACACCGUGUUACAUGGCAACAAGUAUGGAAACAUUCACCAUAGCAAUCCAGAAAUAACUGAUUUAAUAAAAGUUGCUUUGAUUUUGGUUGGUUCCCAUGAGCAUUAAUGAGAUGCUCUUUAUAAAAUAAGGGUAAAAUCAUGGCUUUGCGGCAGAGCUUGCUUGUAAAUGUCUAUUGGGUUCUUUUCAGAUCUCUUUAUUAAAUUUAUAAGUAACCACGAUAAAAGAUCCCCCCCCCUUUUUUAUACGGAAAUGUAAAACAGAAGUUGGUUUUCUUAUCUACUGAUAAAACCAUAAAAUAUAAAAUAGUAAGUUAACAUAGUAUUAUUUUCACAAUGCUUUGGUUAAGUGUUGAUAUGAAACAAGUUUUAGGAAUUAUUUUAAAUGAUGGAGUAAUGGUGUUGGAGAGAACUUAAUAAUAGAAAGUGUGAAAAUCUUUUAGUGAACAGUAGGUGGUGCUACUGGCUUUCAUUUUCUGACUUGAUUAUUCUGUUUCCUAUAAAACCCAUUGCAUUAAACUGCACUAAAACAGUAAGCAUUUGUUAGUUAGGUGGUAGAAGCUUUGGAGGUCAGUUUACCUUAAAUUGAAAGACUUUAGAUUGCGUUCGCUUUUUACCUUUGUCAUUUGUAAAUUCUAAACAAUCAGCAUAAAAUGUAUUUGGUAGAAGACAACAUGUUUAGUGUAUAAUAUAUCUCAGACUGAGUCACUGCCUGUUUUAUCAGGAAAGAUAAAGCACUACAAUUGCUUAUAUUCAGGAAGUACAGAUGAUGUGGAUAUUUAUAUUUUACAUGUAAUCACCAGACUCCAUUUUAUGCAUUAGUAUUUUCCUUGCUUAUGGGAAAAUAGUGAAAUGAUAGAUUUCUUUUAUACCUUUGCCUACACCCUCUCUGAGAGAGGUUUUGAUAACACUGAAAUGGUAAAAUAUGUGAGAUGCAAUUACUAAGUUGUAAGACUUUCUUUUAAAAUAAAUAUGUUAUACCUUAAACAUCCAAAUGAGAGUUGGUCUUCAGGGUGGUUCCUUUGGGGGCACUACUUAUUCCGUCUAUGCUCAAAGAUGUAAAGUUUUUGGAAUGCUUUCAAAGAAGCCUUGAGAAUCAGUGUAUGACUAUGCAAGAGAAUCUAUUUCAUCGUUUUAGUUGUACCAAAAACUCUUUUUGGCAACUUAAUGUGACCUAUCUCAUUCACCAAAUCAAUUCCGCUUUGCUGUUUUCUUAGAACUAUUAGGGAAAUUCAAAAUAAUGUGCCAUAGGCUCUGAAUUUGCAGAAGAGAGAGUGUUUUGAGUAUAGGUAGCAUCAUUUAAUAAAGGAAUUGUUUCCUGAUAUCACUGCUUUGAAGUAGACAGUAUCAUUUGGAUGUAUAGGAUUUAUUUUUUUUAAUUUAAUUAUCUUACAGUUAAAUAUAAUGAUUAAAAAAAAUCAAAGUCUUUAUCUUGUUUUCUAUUUUUUGUUUCUUUCCCUGAUAACUCUUGAAUUCAGUCUUGGCUACUGUAAGAUAGUUUUGAUUGAAGGGAUAGUAAGAAAAAAAUGGAUCCAGCAUUUAAGGUAGAAGUAGCUUAAGGAAACAACAGCCUUUACCUCCAUCCCUUUUUUUAAAGAAAACAUUUUCACUCAGAUGAACAAUUUGGAUUUAAAGACUGGAGAUCAUUUUACAAAGAAAUUUGAAUAAAUUUUAUAUAUUAAUUAGGCUGAGUUUUAAGCCUACAUAUUACAGAUAAAAUAUUUAAAAUUGCGUAACCAUUUCAUAUAUCACUUAUAACUUUAAAAUUGUGAAUGUCUUUUUAAAAGAUAUGGGACCAGAAGUCUAUUUGUAAUUUGAAAAUGUGUCUGCAUACCAAGAGGAAAACUUGACUUAUUUUGAAACUUAUCUGGGAUA